AUGAUUGACACGAAUGGGAGGUAUACUCCCUCCCCUCCCCCUCCACCACCGCCGCCCAAAGGACCUUCGUUGUUGAAGACUUCUAUCAGCAAACCUAAUACACGCCCCCAGGUUACCUCACCAAACUCACCAGUCCGCCGAAAACCACUUCCCACUCGAGCAGUGACCACACCAACGAGCCCAUCAGCGGCUGCUACGAACACAAAACCAUCAACGCAGAUCUUCGGACAAGUGGUGCAACACCUCGCCGCGCAGAAACAGCCCUCUCAGUCGCUGCCGCAAGAGCCUUCAACGCCACAGAAAGAGCCCGUAUAUACAUUCUACCACCACAACGAGAGCCCAAGGUCGAACGCCGGCGGCCAGAACGUCACCCACGAGGACUUCCCACGACCUCCGAGCAAGGAUCACACUGAUGCCGUCGCCGAUAGUACCUUGACAGAGGACGGCAUGCCUCUGAAGCCGGGCUCGAGGCCUGCCCCUCUGAGGACAGACUCGAAUGCUUCUCUGAACACGAAUGAUUCGAAGAAGCCGCAAACACCAGGCAGCAAAUUCACGUCCUUCUUCUCCCGCAAACAGACAGCGUCACCUGGCGCGGAGGGAGAUGCAGAACCAGGGCGGUCACCCCUGCCAUCACCGUACCCUGGCUCCGCCAACUCGUCCAAUGGCUACCCCUUCCCUUCAAGAGGACCCGCGUCGCAGAAGUCGCAGGACUCAAUCGAGUUCGACCCACACGCCCUCCAGUAUGGAGGUCUCGCGGAUCGUGCUACGGUGCUGGAGGCCGAGCUGCGUGACAUCAGCAAAGAGUUGGCCGGCUCAAUAAAACGAGAGAUGGACCUAGAAGACAUGGUCGAGCGACUGCAGAUGGAUCAUCCUGCAUACCUGCCGAUCGGACCAGCGACUACUUUUCGGACUCUGGCACCAGUUCCAUAA